AUGGCAGGCCAAACGGGACCAAUCCAAGUAUCGCGGGCGAUUGCUAUGGUGAUUGCAGCACUAUUCGCUCUAGCCUGCUACAAUGUCGUCGAAAUUCUUAUAUCCCUUUUUACAACCUUCCGCCGGCGCCGUGGCCUGUAUUUCUGGAGCAUGUUGGUCUGCACCCUGGGAGUCCUCACCCACGCCAUCUCGGGAUUCCUUCGCUAUUUCGCGCUCGCCCCGAACUUCCCCAUGUCCAUCCUGAUCUGCAUAGGCUGGUAUGCAAUGGUAACUGGCCAAUCGGUGGUCCUAUACUCUCGACUCCACCUUGUCUCCACCCACCACGAGUAUUUUCGUUAUGUGUUGUGGAUGAUCAUAAUCAACGCCUGCAUCUUUCAUAUUCCUACGACGAUCCUAUUUCUUGGAAGCAAUCACGGCGUCGACAGCUUCAUUACGCCAUUUAAUAUCUACGAACGGGUUCAAUUGACUGGAUUCUCGGUUCAAGAGACUAUUAUUAGUGCUCUCUAUAUCUGGGAGACGGUAACGGGACUACGACCUGUUUUGCUUCUUAAAGGCCCGCGCGGCCAGCGAGUCAUUACGAAUCUCAUUAUCGUCAACGCUAUCGCUAUCUUACUCGAUGCUUCGCUUUUGGCACUUGAGUACAGCGACUACUUUGAUAUUCAGACGUCUUACAAGCCGUUGGUGUACAGCAUCAAGUUGAAGAUGGAGUUCACGGUGCUGAAUAGCCUCGUUGCUGUUAUAAACAGUUCCCCGACGACCAUUGAAGAGAUCCAAGGAUCUCACUGUGAUGAUCUAAAUAUACAACCGAGGUGGAGUGGUGAUCGGUCCACUCCGGGUUCUCUCAACAUCGAUACCGAAAUGUAUGGCCAGUGUGAUCGAAGGAAAGGAUGCUCCAAGCAGACACCCAGUACUCCUGAUUCUCGGAACUCUAAUUAUCCCAUGCUGUCUGUCAAGUCGAAUGCAUCAUAA